CUGGAGUGCAGUAUUAUAACAUUGGAUUCGUCAUUGGUGAUCAUAUUUGAGUGAUGAUCAAACAGACAAAGUGAUUAUUAUAUAUACCUAUCAGAUAAUCGGAGAUAAUGGCGGUCGCGCCGGUACUUCCGGUUUUAUUAAUCGUUAUACUAGCCAAAUGUCAAUGUGAACCAACGAAUAUAUACAAUUAUAAUAGUAACAAUGGAAAAACUGCAUCACAUUUUGGAAACAUAUUGAAGCCGCCACCGCUGUUGCCAAUAUUGCCAGUACCAUUCCACGGAGGAACGGGGAAAAUACGACAGAAUAAUGACUUCGGAUAUCAGUACCAGGCGACCCCGCCGCAGCCACCUCCAGCGCCUCCUAUCGCACCAGCGACAGAUUUUAAAUUCCCUGCGCCAUUUUACAGGCAGUACAAUUUUAACUUUGUACCGGCACCUCAGCCAUUUACGACGACACCAUCGCCAAAUUUGUUUCAAAAAGUUUCUAGUUGGCUUUUUCCGUCUCAACAAACAGCAUCCGAAUUAGAACCACAAAUAAAUUACAAUUAUAACAUAGCGCCUUUAAAGAAAGACUGUAAUCCAUGCAACUUAGUGCCAUGGAUACCGGUUAUACGAUAUGACUUAGCAUCCGAUAGUGGACGUCAAAGUAAUAAUCCUACUUACGGACCACCAAGUCCAACAGCCAAAGCUAAUGCUUAUUCAGGUCAAAACGUACCAGUACCUUUUAACACUCAGAAUAAUAACGUUAAACAAGGUCAAAUUUCAACUGGUGUACCUCAUACCAGCUACGGUCCACCAGGUCUCUCUCAAUUUAGGAUUCCAAGUUCGACUUACGGGCCUCCAAGUCCUACCCAUACUAUAAAUAUUGCUAGUCAAACUCCACCGAGUGCUCCAUAUUCUGAUAAUUCUUCACACGAGCCACCAAAUACAUCUAUCGGUUCUGGUUCGAAUUUCCAACCACAUAAUUCACCUUAUAGUACACAAGAUUCAGCACAUCAAUCAUCCCCUUUCAUAUAUACAAGUCCUUCAUUAAAUUAUAGAAAUCCCGUACCAUCAACAACACACAACCCAGUUUCAACGGGUUAUAAUCCCGAAAUAUUAAAUCAGCAUUUGCCGGUACAAAAUAAUAUAGAUGAAUUUAGGGAAAUAGAACCAGCUACAGAAUUUCAACUUCCUAAAGUUACACAUCCUACAGGUUUUAGAAACUCUUAUGGAGAACCUAUUGUCAAUACGUACCAUUUAGAUUACCCAUAUUCUGUGUCAGCUGCUGGUGCUGCAUCGUCUAAGAUAAAGACUGAAGUAUUACCUGACAAAUUUACAAAAGCCCAAGGACCAAACACAACUAUGGCAUUAUCUAACCCUGCACCAUUUAGCCUAAAUAGAGGAAGAAAUAUUCAUACACUACAACCAGUUGCAUUACCUAACCUCAGUGUUUCGCCGCUACCUCCAAUUUUUAAUGCACGACCAUUUCGGACAGUAUCAACAAAAUAUCCCCCAAACAUUGUUCAAGGUAUAAACCAUUUGCAGUCUGGACAAAACAAGGUUAACAUAGCGAAGAGUGUUCCUGUUGCAGAAUAUACACAGUCUAUAGAGUAUCCUACAACUUUUAUUCAGUCACCGGUUAUUGAUAUCGAUCAACUUAGAAAUAUGAAUCAGUCUAAAGCUUAUAGAAACAUAGCUAAUGGGCAUGAAAUAGAUGAAAUACGAGAUAUAUCUCCUCAAGCUUCCGAAGAUCACAUAUCAGCAGCAAAAUCAAACCCAGACAUCAGUUUUGAAAGUAUCGGGUUUACUAAUGAUUUAUAUGAUGCAAGUGUACCUUUCGACUUGCAGCAAUCUUCCAAAGUUCCGUUUAAUCACAAAGUUAGCUUUGCUGAUUUGCGAGGAGUUAAAGAUGAAGAUGUAGACAAAUAUCGCACUGAGAGCAAUUUGCAAUACAUCGAUUCACCUCUACUUUAUUUAAAGCCUAGUGCACCACAUAAAAAUUAUAAGAACUUUGCAUUUUCGAGAACAACUCCAAGUAAAGAAAAUGAAUAUGAAAUAUACGAUGAUAUUCCAACAACGCUAUCACCAACACAAACAACUUUUUUAAAUACGUGGGAUACAAGUAGGACGCACGACACUGAAGAUUUAUCUCACACAACUGCGGAGGAAGAAAAUAAAAAUCAUCCUAAAAUAGUUCAAAUUAUAGUACCUUAUACGAACGGUAAAAAAAUAUAUGAUGACAUUAAAAAUAAAUUUUCACCUAGUCAGAUUGAUUUCACGAAUAACGACCAGGAAUAUCAAGCUAGAAAAAUUCAAUCAAAUACCGAAAGCAGUUUCAUUACUGUCGCAACUGAAGGCUACAGCAAUACAGCAACAACUGAGACACCGAUGGCAACUAUGACCGACCACUAUGACACAGAACGAUUAAAUACACCAGCUGUUGACUUUUAUGAUGUGAAAGAGCCACCGUUUGACAUUAUAAAAUUACAGCAUACAAUAGAUGACUGGACGGAGCAAGAGUAUUCCAAGCACUAUAACAUCCCGCAGAAAACGCGUUCCAAUGAAAAGUAUGCUAAGCAAAUACCCGAUGAAUACUUUACAACAAUCAGUCCUGUUACAAACUUCGAUACCGAAAUUAGUAAUUAUAAUUUUGAUUCCUACGAUCACGAGGGUUCGAGCAGUAUACAAUACACAGUCACCGAAAAUCGGACAAAUUCUUUUCCUAUUAAACGUAAAGAAUAUAAUGUUAUCGAAAUGACAAAAAAUAGUUAUAACACUGACAAGAACGAGGUGUCAGAAGGUCCUAAAAAGUUACAUAUUUAUACAGCUGCUUCUACUUUUCGGAGCGCAAAGACCACGACCCCGGCACCAUGGGGACAUAUUCAGACGUCAAUAUCACCCUUGACAAAUGAAAAAGUAUACGUCGUUACAUCUAAACCAUGGCGGGAAAAUAAUAUCACAAAGGAAUAUGAUUAUGGUGGUGAAAAUUUGGAAUUAAAAAAAGAGGAAUUCGAUGAUGACUCUUCUUUAGAUGAUCUAUCAUUUCAUUCACCUCGCUUUUCUAACAGACCUUCGUACGGAUUUACAGCAGACUCAGUUGAAUCUACUAAGCUUGAAUCACCGUAUGGUUAUUCUAAAGGAUGGCAUCGAAGAAUAAAUAAUCUGGAGUAUCCCAAUUCUUCAUCAUUCGAAGAAGACUCAGAUAAGGAAACUAAGGAGGAAAAAACUUCAAAAGCUGGUAGUGUUGACGAGUGA